AUGAAGAGGCAGAAAACUGAACCUUCCAAUUCGAGGAGGUUUAGCUUGUCCCAAUUUUUGUUUGCUGUUUGGGUGUUAUAUUUGGUUUUCAUUUCGUGCAAGUUUCCUCAAAUUCUGAAGAUUGUGCCAACGAUAAUUGGGGAUGAGAUUUAUGAUGGAUUGGAUGGUGCCGCUGUUGUUGGUGGCUCAGAAGGUUCAGAGUUGAGCAAGCCUUUUGUUAGUUCUAUUUAUCGAGAUUCACUUCACCGGAGGCUAGAGGAUAGCACGGACAAGGAUGCUCCCUUGAGACCCAACAAGGUUUCACUGAAGGAGGAAGAACAUGGUGGUGAAUCCGUGGAGCGUGUUCCUCAGAAGUAUAGCCGAAUUACUGGAAGAAUCAUGCGACAAAUGAAUAGGACAAACAAUUUAUCUGUGCUUGAGAGAAUGACAGAUGAGGCAUGGACAUUGGGGCCGAAGGCUUGGGGAGAAUUAGACACGGCUGAUGACGUGGAGUCUGGAGAGAAAUCUAUCAUUGAAGGAAAGCCUGAGUCCUGUCCUUCUUGGAUAUCAAUGAUUGGGGAUGAAUUGCAGAAGAGAGAUGGCUUGAUGUUUCUACCUUGCGGGCUAGUAGCAGGUUACUCAAUCACUGUGAUGGGGACACCCCAUUUUGCUCAUAAGGAAUAUGUUCCUAAGCUUGGGAAGUUGAGGAAAAGUGAUGGAUUGGUUGCAGUUUCACAGUUCAUGGUUGAGUUACAAGGACUAAAGUCAGUUGAAGGGGAAGAUCCUCCGAAGAUUCUUCACCUGAAUCCUCGGUUAAGAGGGGACUGGAGCAAAUGA